AUCAACCAUCCUAUUAUAAGUUUAUAACACCCCUUCCGUUCUUCCCAAACACAUAUACAAAACACAGAUAUUUAGCAUAAGAUCUAGAAAAAAAAUAUGGCCGAGGAAGUCAAAAAGACAGCUCAGGAACAAUCAAAAUGUGUUGAAUCAGAAGAAGUUGCUGUUGUCACUGAUGUUCCAGAACCUGAAAAACCCACAAUGGAAGAGUCCCUUUUAGUUCCCGAACCCGAAUUUCCACUACAUUCAAAUGCUUGUGAUGAGAGUGUGAAUUUGGAGACAUUGAUGAUUGUGGAGAAUGAUGAGAAGCCUCCUCAAGCUGAUGCUGUCAAGAAAGAGAUCACUAUUAAUGCUUCGUCUAAACUUUCAGAAAACGAAAAGAAAGCAUUAGAAGAGCUAAAACAGCUUGUUCGAGAAGCACUCAACAGGCAUGAAUUUGGAAUUUCUUCAUCUCCGAAAGAAGAAACAAAGCCGGUCAUGGUGGAGGAGGAGAAAAAGCCCAUAAAUGUCGAGCCUGAAGUAGAGAAAGAUUCAAAAGAAGAAAUUGAAAAAGACUCCAUUCCAGAGGAUCUAAUUGAGGAAAAUGAAAAAACUGUUGUGGAUGACGAUGGUGCAAAAACUUUGGAAGCCAUUGAAGAAACCAUUGUUGCUAUUCCAGCUCCAAUUCCUUCAGAAGAAAAGCCACAGGAUACAGUGAAUUUAUGCAAUGCAAACUCACCUCAAUCUUCAUUAAAUCAGGUUGAUGAAUUAUACAUCUGGGGUGUAAAACUUCUGGAAGAUGAAAAAAGUGAUGUAAUUCUCUUGAAGUUUUUGCGCGCCCGAGACUUCAAGGUCAAGGAUGCAUUUUCCAUGAUCAAGAACACUCUACGAUGGAGAAAAGAAUUCGGGAUUGAUCAACUUCUUGAAGAAGACUUCGGGAGUGACUUGGAGAGAGUAGUUUUCAUGCAUGGUUGUAGUAAAGAAGGCAACCCUGUAUGCUACAAUGUCUAUGGAGAAUUUCAGAACAAAGAGCUUUAUCAGAGAACAUUCUCUGAUGAACAGAAGAGGCAGAAAUUCUUGAGAUGGAGAAUCCAGUUCCUAGAAAAGAGCAUUAGGAAACUGGAUUUCAGCCCCUGUGGCGUAUCCACGAUUAUUCAGGUUAACGAUCUUAAGAACUCGCCUGGGCCUAAUAAAUGGGAGCUCAGGCAGGCAACAAAACAGGCCCUUCAAUUGUUUCAAGACAAUUAUCCUGAAUUUGUUGCCAAACAGGUGUUCAUCAACGUACCAUGGUGGUAUCUAGCUUUGAACAAAAUGAUCAGUCCUUUUCUAACUCAGAGGACCAAAAGCAAGUUUGUUGUUGCUGGACCUUCAAGAUCUACAGAAACCCUUUUCAAAUACAUAGCUGCUGAGCAAGUUCCAACUCAGUAUGGAGGGUUAAGCAAAGAUGGUGAUUUUGGAACAGCUGAUUCAGUUACUGAGAUUAUCUUAAAGCCUUCAGCCAAGCACAUUGUGGAAUUUCCUGUUAAUCAGGCAUGCUUGGCGAGCUGGGAGAUAACAGUGGUGGGAUGGGAAGUAAGCUACGGUGCUGAAUUUGCCCCAAGUGCAGAAGAUGAAUACACAGUUAUAAUACAGAAAAUGAGAAAAAUUCACUCAACUCAAGAUCAAGAACAUGUGAUUUCUGAUAGCUUUAAAGUUGAAGAGCCUGGGAAAGUAGCUUUGACUAUAGACAAUCCCACUUCGAAGAAGAAGAAGAUUCUCUACAGGUUCAAAACCAAGCUUUCUUUUGAAUAAAAAUUACAAAAAUAUUACAAGGGAAAAGUACUAAAUUAAAGCCAGGAAAAAGUUGUGAGAAUGAGCAAUCCAAAUGUCCUUUUUCUUUAACCAAAAAUUUACAUGUUGAAUUUUAUAUUUUUGACCAAUGUAAGUUGCAUUUCAACUGGUUAUAUGAAUUAAUGGGGCAUUUGAAAAAAUGUCCAAUUCUAUA